UUGAAAAAAAUCUUAAAUUGUUUUUGACAUUUUAAAAAUAAUGGUACAAUAACAAAUAAAAAGCCAUUUGACAUUACAUUGAAAAAUAAAGUAACAAAUAUAGUUCCUUGGAAAUCCUUGAAUUUCCAUUUGUCCAUGAAAUUCUUUGAAAGCCCCUCAGUCCUUGAAAGUCGAUGAAAAUCAAUCAAGACUUUAAAGGGUUUUUGGUUGUAUUUUUAUUUUUUUAUUUUAUUUCCCUUUUUUGUUUAUUUUUCUAAUUUUUCUAACAUUUUUUAUAUUUUAAAUUUUAACCCAAACCCUGACCCCAAACCUUUCCCUGAACAAUUUUAUUUUUAUUUGUAAUUCAUUCUUAUUUGUAUAAUUUUUUCAUUUUGAUUUUUUCCAUACAUUUAUCUAUUGUUAUUUUUUUUUUUUAAAUUAUAAAUUUAAAAUUGAAAUAACAAAUAAAAUGAAAAUUAACUCUAAAUGUGUUUAUUUUUAUAUUAUUUGUUUAAUUUGUUUUUAAUUUAUUUUAUUGGUUCGAUUGGCUGACAACAUUCAUCUUGUGCAGGGAAAAAAAGAAAAAAAAAAAAAGCAACGCUGGUUGCUGUCAUCAUCUGCACUCUGUGCUGCUGCCACUGAUGCUGCUGCUCUCGUGGUCUGACCGUCUCUCAUGUUUGUGCUCACUGUUGGAUUAAGUGCACGAUGCAGCUCCUCAUCGUCUCCGUCCUGCUGCUCUCCUCCACUUCAGGUCUGGCUCUGCAGAUCCAGUGUUACCAGUGUGAGGAGACGACACACGACUGCUCCACCGCCGACUUCAUCGUCAACUGCACAGUCAACGUUCAGGACAUGUGUCAGAAGGAGGUGCUGGUGAAGGAGGACGGAAUACACUACCGCAAAUCCUGCGCCUCCUCCGGCGCUUGUCUCAUCGCGUCGUCGGGUUACCAGCAGUUUUGCACCGGCAAACUCCACUCCGUGUGCAUCACCUGCUGCACCACCCCGCUGUGUAACGGACCACGGCAGAAGAAGAGAGCCCCGCCCUCGGCUGCCCCCCCCCUGACCACACCCCAGCUCCCGGUGUUCUCCCUCGGUGUCGUCCUGCUGCAGCUGCUGCUGCUGAGGCACACGCAUGCUGACGGCUACACGCACACGCACACGCACGGUGACGGUGACGCUGACGACGACCUGCGGUCACAGGUGAAGACAAGCUCAGCUGCUGGUCACACUGUGGAAACCUGA